AUGUUUCAUUUGAUCAGAAGUGUGCUCGUAUGUCGUUCAGCGUGGGUACCAGUCCUCCGGCGGAUGUUGAGUGCGAGUGGGCUUAGCGAUCAUAACCAGCAGCGCGUGAUGGAAUGUCGCAAUGGUGAAAAGGUGGGUAAUAAUUAUCAUCAACCCUGAAGUUUGGGUUGAUUUUGCCUGGAGCGUUAAACGUACUGGAAAGAAAGAAAAACUCUGCACUACUAGCUUACUUGGUCUUUCUCUGUUGGGAAGGAAAUGAGCUAUGGCAGGUGGCUAUGGGAUUCACGAGUAUCCGCAGAUUGCUAGGGACAAGGAAGUUUUAUUAGUUACGAUAAGGGCAGCUAAGAGCGCGCCGAAAUUAAGUUUUGUCACCCUCCUUAUAACCCCCUCCCCCCUCCGACAUCUCUCGACCGUUCCCCCUCCCCCUCUCCAUCCUUAGGUUGUCCUUGGACUUUGAGGCGUAAAGAAGUUAAUAGAAAUUAACGGAAAAAAAAUGAAUAUAAAAAAUAUAUUGAAAAAAUCGUCCAUUCACACAAAAUUUUACCAUUUACAGGUAAAACCAACUUUUUCAGCCCAAGAGAUGAAUCGACGCCUGGAUAUGGUACGAAGCCAUAUGGAGUCUAACGACCUGGACGCAUGCGUAUUUACUUCCUAUCACAACAUCCAUUAUUUCAGUGACUUCCUUUUCUACUAUUUUGGUCGCCCCUACGCGUUUAUUGUUACACCGACCAAAACAAUUAGCGUCUCUGCCGGUAAGGCGAUCUCAUCUUUUUUCCAAGUUUCAUUAUGACAGUUUGAGAGCAUGGUGUUCUUAGAUUUAACAUCUCCAAUUUCAAAGCAAAGAGGGCGGGUCGAGCCUUGACAGCGACAACGAGUUGUUUCCUCGACAAGAAACUUCUCUCUAAGCUGCCACUCUUCACUUAGGGGCAAAUUUGAAACAACUUUUGUAAGUGUAGAUAUUUACAGUCGGAAAACAAUUAUAGUUGCACUUAUAAAUUACUCUUGUUAAAGUGUUAGUUUAUGGAAAAUUACCGGAGGCGCGCCUUUUUUACGCUAAUCUGAAGCCCACAAGGCUAAAAAAUAUAUAUUUUUGAUGCCCGACCACAAUAUGACUCAGAAACCAGCUGUAAGUACCGACGGAAUCGUUCCCCUAGUAGGAGAUAUCACUGCCAUUGUUUUUACCGGCAUCUAGCCUUCAUUAAGGCCCCGUCAUAUUGCAACGAAGUAUCUUUCGAUACGUAUGUCCAAUAUUCUAUCAAUUUUUCAUUAUUUUUAUCUUUGGCACUCUAUUGUUGCUCUUUAGGGAUUGACUACGGCCAGCCCUGGCGUCGGACGUUCGGAGAUAACAUAGUUUACACUGACUGGCAAAAAGACAACUAUUUUUAUGCUGUGAAACAGCAGGUUGGUGCACAUGAUUCCAGAGUAAUGAAACAUUCUAUUACGCACUAAAUAGAACAUUUGCCCACUGAUCAUGCCCCAGGUAACUGGCAAGAACAACAAAUAAGUUUUUGGUGGUCAAAAUCAUGCAUGUAGGUUAUCUCCCUCUGUAUCAACUAACCUUCGCGCUGGUAGUAUCUUAUCGUUCUACCACCUCGAUAUAGCAAAGUCUUCUCCUAUGGCGAGUGGCAUUUUACAAGCCAGUUAUAGCGGAGUUCGCGCGCCCGAAGCACAGGUGGCGGAGCAACUCGGGUAUUAAAAUUUGGUUGCUGAUCUAUGCAUCCAAGAAAUUUUGGUUGUUAGCGGAUGUGAAAUGCCACAGUUACUAGCUUGGGAGUCCAGGAGUCCAAUCUGUGUUUAACUUGAUAUUGGACAUCCAUGUUAUAAAUUGUCAACUGCAAAAAAGUGAAACCGCUGACUCGUGUCACAUGACUGUAUCGCGCUCUCAUGUGCUCAACUCAUAGAGGUGACGUUUUUUUUUAAGUUCCACGCUGACUAGUUGUUGGUUUUCAAUUGAUCGCUGGCUCAGGUCCAUUUUUUCAGGAGGAAUUCAGUUUACCUUUUGCUUAUGGCGAAAGCUGAAUUGCUUCAGAAAGACAUUUCUUAAAAGAUCCCAAGAGAGCUUUGCUUUUAGCCUUGGCUAAAUCUAUAUAGUUGCUAGUAAAAUGUGUAUUGGAAUAGAACUACGACACAACGUAGCCCGUUAUAACAAACGAUCCUUCUAAUCCCUUUGAGCCGCAUUUCGUUAUAUCGAGGUAUGUAUAUUUGUAUAUACCAAUACUUAACCCAAAUAAAUUUAACCAUUUUUUAAGGUUGGAGAUGCCAAAAACGUUGGACUGGAAUUCGACUUCGUUACCCUUGACAACUAUCGGAAAUUCACCGAUGCCUUGCCGAAUGCGAAAUUUGUAGAUGUUGGUCAACCAACCAUGAAAAUGAGGAUGCUUAAGUCCGCUGAAGAGAUAGAACUUAUCAGGCAGGGCGCGCGGAUCGCCGAUCUUGGCGGGGAGGCGGUCGCUAAGGCUAUCAAAGUAGGUGCUGCGGAACACGAAAUCGCUUUGGCAUCGACGGAUGUGAUGGUGAGAGAAAUUGCUGCCACUUAUCCGCACAGCGAAAUCAGAGACAGUAAGUUAUUUUCUAUAUGCUCGAGAAGGCUGCUGGCGUGUUAAAUUUAAUGAAGUACAUUAUUUAUUAUAAGAACUCACAAAGAUCCUUCAGUAAGUCAGUCAAUCAGCCAUCUUGGUUAGAUGAAAAUACGCUGUAUCAUUCAGUUUAUAAAGAAUUUGAACAGGCAAAAAGGAACAAGCACACUACUUCAAUGGCUUGAAGGAAAUGAAUAGUAGGGUGAAGGUUAAGAAGAGAUGAGUGGGAUUUAAGUCCUUCCUGCCCAUUUUUUCUUUUCCGUUAGCCUCUUUCCCUCUCAGUUACAAUAAAUUACGCUAGGCACACGUUUCCAAUUGGCCCCUUUUUCGCGCUCCUCUCAAAACCCUAGGAUAGCCUGAUUCUCAGACGUUCCAAGGUCUCUCCUUUCAAUUCCCAUCUCGGAGCUUCUAAAACUCUUGUAACCCUUUUUGUUAUUCAUCUAAUUCAUUCCUGUUUUUUAGGUUAACAUGUUCCUACCAACACCAUAGCCCCACCGUUCGACGUGCAUCCCAUAUACAACCCGCAAUCCCUUGACUUACUCUGUAGAAGGGCUAGCGCUCGACGCGUAAGCUUUUUAUAUAAUCCUUUUACGGCUGUAAACGCUAUUGACGUUGGCGAAACCAAAUUUUUGCGACACCCUGGGUAAGCCGCGGCUAGGUAGGCACUAUACAGAGGCGAAUCCAGGGAGGGGUUUUUUUUAGACCAAAUUGAGGCCCGAAGGGCCGAAAAAAAAAAAAACCCCAGGCCGCCCCCCCUUAUCUCAGGGUCUAGAUUACCCCCCUUAUCUGAAGGCCUGUAUCCACCACUGCUAUGUUGUUUUGACCAUUCUCUCUUGGUUUUGACUGAACAAUCUUGAGGUGGGGUUCCAACUGAUGACUUGCCUGCUUUCUACUCCCUCCUCCCCCCUCCCCUUCACAAUCAGUAUCUCACUUUUCCUUUUUGGUUACGUUUCUUUUUAGCUUGGACCUGGUUUCAGUCAGGAAUAAACACAGAUGGAGCUCACAACGCGGUUACGACGCGGCGAUUGCAAAAGGGCGAUAUUUUAAGCCUGAACUGCUUUCCCAUGAUAGCAGGGUGGGUAUAAACUUGUUUAUUUAAAUGUUACUUGGAUCUUAUACCACAAGAGAAAUUUCUUUUAAAAUUACUUGCUGAGAUAACACUUUUAAAAUGGGGAAAAGACGAAAUCGCUUCUUAUUAUAUUAUUCUCUAGAUACUACACGGCUCUGGAGCGUACGCUAUUUUGUGAUCACGUACCAACAGACCGCCACAUGGAACUCUGGGAAAUCAACUGUAAAGUGCACCGCCGGGGACUGGAACUAAUCAAGCCAGGAACACGCUGCAGCGACAUAGCAAAAGAGCUGAAUGAGUUGUACCUUGAACACGACCUUCUCAAAUACCGCACGUUUGGUUACGGCCAUUCCUUCGGUGUUCUCAGCCACUAUUACGGUCGCGAAGCAGGACUAGAACUUCGCGAGGAUAUAGACACGGUCUUACAACCUAAUAUGGUAGUAUCCAUGGAGCCGAUGAUAACUAUACCCGAGGAAGAGCCUGGAGCGGGUGGAUACAGAGAGCACGAUAUAUUGGUUGUCAAGGAGACGGAUAGUGAGGAUAUAACAAAGUUUCCAUUUGGACCAGAGCAAAAUAUCAUCAAAAAUUAACCACUGCAGCCGAAAACUUUUUGAAUUCUUAACGAUGUAUUUUUAUCUAUUUGAUGUAUUUUUAUGUAUUUGAAUUCUUAACGAUGUAUUUUUAUCUAGCAAGAUUUUUGAAAACAUUACCACCAAAUAACACCCUCCCGUCAGGCAGUUUGCUUUUUCCGGCCAAAAAUUAUGUCCAAAGUAGCCAAUAUACAGUGAAAUCCCUAUUAAGCGGACACCUUGGGGACCUUCCUUAGUGUCCGCUUAAUAGAGGGUGUCCGCUUAAUUGGCCAUGGGGUCCACUAAAAAGAGGUUUCAUUGUAAUAAAAUACGAGUGCAAGCAUAGCUUUUUCUCUUCUCCGCCUCUCUUCCUUCUUGAUCUUUCUGUUCUUUUCCUUUCCUUUUCUUUUCUUUGGAUAGUGUAAUUUUUGAACUUUUUCUGCCUUCUGUCCUUUAGAAAUUGAGGGCAAUGCUGAUUGGACAGCUAAGGAUAGGUGAUUUUUUUAUUGCUGAUCCAGAUCUACACCAAGAUCCCGCUUUUCCUCACUGCUGUUUGUCCAAGUGGUCCUUGCAAGAAUCAUUUGCUUUUGUCCCUUCUUCUCUCAGAUGGCUGAAAUUUUUGCUAGGUUCAUUUUCCAAAAUCGGCUAGAUAUAUAUUUUUUUUUCGCCGUUUUUUAUACAUUCUUACUAUUUCUUUUCUUUUCUUUUGUUGCAAUUUUAUAAAAAAACAAGUACUAGUAUUUUUUUUUGCUGUUAGGAAC